AGUAUUUAACGGAACCUUGUUGAAUUUGGUUGUGCCGAACGGAAGCUUUCUUCUGUGGCUUCUGUGCGCCGAACUUACGUAUUUCAGCAAGCUACCUUUUUGGCCACUAACCACUUCGUAGAGACAGAAUAAUGUGUCAAAGAGAUUUUCUGCAUACCACUUUUAAUUUAUUGAGUGUAAAUGACAAAUGACUUGGUGAUUUGUCACUUUUUGCCUCAUUUUGUGUGCUACAUAGCGGCAAAUUAUUCCAACAUGGUCCAGUGGUGAGAGCAUCAUCAGAUCAACACCAAACUGAGUGUGGACGUUUACAAAUGACGGUGUCACCCCCGCAAGGGUGGAGGCACGUAAAGAAGUUGUGAAUGAGGUGGGACAAACCAUAAAAAUCCAACAGUGCUAGAAGGUGUCGUCAACAUUUAUGAUUCCCAAUUGCAAAGCACCAUCCUAUCGUGUAAGAUUCUCAAGAGUGAUGACAUGGUGAGAACGUAAGGAAAUUAGGUGUGGUUGCGGUACUUUCUCCUAUACAUUAUGUACAUUUUGCCCGCGCUGGUGUCCUCCAGUACCGCAUAGGACAUCUCCAGUGUCCUGUGGCCUCCUGGUGUGUGCUACCUCCUUCACAUACACUACCGAUAAUUCAGUUAUACCGUCCUCUCGGACAUGCCUGAUAGGAGGAGCACUUAAUAUUCCGAGUUAUUGUGAUAUAUGCUACUGUACAGUUCAUUAAUGCAAUGAAUGAAGCGAAGUGGAUCGUGAAAAGGCAACAAAAACUCUUGGGAGGAAUUUCAAAUUAAACAUCUUCCCAUCGAAAGUGUACAUUGUGGUGCGUGGUGGUGUCAAACAACUUUCUUGCUGUCAUCUGCAGCUAUGGGAAUCCAAAUGAAUUUUCAAGAGGUACUUGACGAGAAUCUGUUUGUCAUAUGGGUCCUCCAGAAAGGAUAUCAUGUUACGCUGCACCUGCACAUUUUUACACCAGGCACGUAACCUGGAGAUUACUUAGAGCUGCCUGCCGUGAUACUCGUGUGAGCUUCUUGCAUCAACAUGACCAUAACGACAGUGAUGAUGAACAUUAGCCUGAAUUCUUCGGACGAAGGAUGUCCGAAAGUGGUGCAAGUGUGGUAUCCAACAGUGUUGGGUAUCGAUCUAGCCGUACCCCAAUGGGAGGCAAUUUCCACCGCAUUGGUGCUCUCCCUCAUCAUAAUCCUCACCAUCAUCGGCAAUAUCCUCGUCAUUCUCAGUGUCUUUACGUACAAACCCCUCCGGAUUGUCCAAAACUUCUUUAUCGUUUCACUAGCUGUGGCAGAUCUCACUGUAGCUGUCCUUGUGCUGCCAUUCAAUGUGGCCUAUUCGAUACUUGGGAGAUGGGAAUUUGGAAUACAUCUCUGUAAAAUGUGGCUCACGUGCGAUGUGCUUUGCUGCACUUCGUCUAUCCUCAAUUUGUGCGCCAUUGCACUAGAUCGCUACUGGGCCAUUACGGAUCCCAUCAAUUACGCACAGAAACGAACGGUGGAACGGGUACUCCUUCUGAUUGCGGGGGUGUGGGUGCUAUCGCUUAUAAUUAGCUCACCCCCACUAAUCGGAUGGAAUGACUGGCCAGAGGAGUUCAGUAGUGAAUACCCCUGCCAGUUGACAUCCAACCGUGGCUAUGUGAUCUACUCGUCCCUAGGUUCAUUUUUCAUACCCCUAGUUAUUAUGACAAUUGUAUACAUCGAAAUUUACAUUGCCACUCGGCGACGACUCCGCGAACGCGCCAGAGCUUCAAAGAUUAACGCAAUGGCUCUUCGAAGUACGGCCGGUAAGGAGACUACACCCCCGCAUCCAGAUCAGGAGUCAGUGAGCAGUGAAACGAAUCACAACGAACAUCCUAAUGUUUCGGAUAGUGCAUCCAAUGCCAAGAGUUUGGAAAAGAGACGAAAACGUGAGAAAAAGAAGCAUGAAAAGCGUGAAAAGACCAAGAAAACCGAUUGCCUGCUUGAGGCACCAGUUGUCCACGAAGAUUCGGUUACGGAACAUAACCAGGAAGCUUCGUCGGAGAGUGCGAAGCCCAAUGGAGAUGGUGGGACAAUUACCGCAGACAACGACAUGAGUACAGGUAGGAAGGGUGAUACCAAAAAGCAAUCAAUGCGUCGCGCAGGUGGCAUGUACCAAUUCAUCGAGGAGAAGCAGAAAAUUUCUCUGUCAAAGGAACGUCGAGCGGCGCGAACGCUUGGCAUAAUUAUGGGUGUUUUCGUUGUAUGUUGGCUUCCAUUUUUUAUUAUGUACGUCACCCUUCCCUUCUGCCGAUCAUGCUGUCCCUCCGACAAGUUAAUCAAUUUCAUUACAUGGUUGGGGUACAUCAAUUCAGCCCUCAACCCCAUUAUAUAUACCAUUUUCAAUUUAGACUAUAGAAGGGCUUUUAAGAAACUCUUAGGCAUUAAGACGUAAUAAUCGGUGUUAUAGAGAUGGUACAAUAUAUAAUAAUAAAGAAUCAUACUUAUAUACAUACAUAUAUAGCACGGACACAAGGAUUUCAUUACAUAAAAUUGCACGGGUAUACCCCGAAAAAAAAUCUUUAGAGCCUUGAUGGGGCUAAUUGGGAAAUUGGCAGCAGGAUCUUUAAAGCUGAAGAGAUAUAACAUAAUUUAUAUCGUUUAUCCCUUCGUCUUAGCCCUUCUUAGUACUCAUGCUAAGGAUAACGAAACAAAGACUUGCACCUCGUUAUCUUACAUUUAAAUUAAUAGCGUAAUAAUUCACUUAGAAUGAUUUAGAAAGUGAAUUUAAUGAAUAUAAUUUAAGAAAAGAGAGCAUUAUUAUAAAUUUGGAAAAAAUGUCGCUCUAAAAUAUUUUAAUACAAAAAGAAAGAAUUUAAGGCAUGCAGUGUAGUUUGCCAUUCUUUUAAUGAAAUUAAACUUUUUUAUUUUAAUUCUGUUUUCGAGCUGACUAACUAACUUUCUGUAUUAGAGGUACUACCUAUAUUUAAUUUUCCAAAUGUAAAUAAAAAACUUCAAAUUCAAAGAAUUCAUUCAUUUUAUAUGUAUACACGUGGGUACAAUAUGGACAAA